CAGCCUUCCUUCUCCUAUGUCUCCGACUGCUUCUCAAAAACAGUUUGGGAGAGUGCCUGUUCCCCCUUUCUCUCAGCAGUUUGCUCCAGAAGGGGAGUAUGGAUGGUCUCCUUCUUCUCCGUCUCCUCCCCCCCCCACCUCCACCUGUCUUUAGUCCAACCCCAACGUAUCCAGUGUGUGAUUCCUUUCCACUUCCACCCCCUCCACCUCCUCCUCUUCCUUCCCUUUCUUCACCUUCCCACAGCCUGUCUCCAACUCCUAGAUUUCCUAAUUCUGGCCAGUCUCCAGCAGCUUUUCUCAGCUCCAUGCUGCCAUCCCAGCCACCACCCGUUUCUGUCAACGCGUUAGGCCUCCCGAAAGGAGUGAUGCCUCCGGGGUUUCCCAAGAAAACAGGCAGAACUGCUAGAAUAGCCUCAGAUGAAGAGAUUCAAGGGUCAAAGGAUGCUGUGAUUCAGGAUCUGGAAAGAAAACUUCGCUUCAAAGAAGACCUUUUGAACAACGGGCAACCGAGAUUAACAUAUGAAGAAAAAAUGGCUCGUCGAUUGCUGGGAGCAGACAGUGCUGCAACUGUCUUCAAUAUACAGGAACCAGAAGAGGAGCCUGCAAUACAGGAAUAUAAAGUCUCCAGCUUUGAGCAAAGAUUGAUCAGUGAAAUUGAAUACAGGCUGGAGAGAUCUCCUGUGGAGGAAUCAGAUGAUGAGGUGCAGCAUGGAGAUGAGCCUAUUGAUAACAAUGCGUCACCGUAUUUUGAGAUAAAGCUGAAGCAUUACAAAAUCUUUGAGGGAAUGCCGGUCACCUUUACCUGCAAAGUGACAGGAAAUCCAAAACCAAAGAUUUAUUGGUUUAAAGAUGGGAAGCAAAUUUCUAAGAGAAGUGAUCACUACCGAAUUCAAAGAGAACCUGAUGGAACUUGCUCACUGCAUGCUGCAGCCUCCACCCUGGAUGAUGAUGGGAAUUACACCAUUAUGGCUGCUAACCCACAGGGCAGAAUAAGCUGCACAGGAAGGCUGAUGGUUCAAGCUGUAAAUCAGAGAGGCCGCAGCCCUUGGACACCUCCUGGCCAGCCUCAUAUCAGAAGGCCGCGGUCUCGAUCGAGGGACAGUGGUGAUGAAAAUGAACCAAUCCAGGAACGAUUCUUCCGGCCCCAUUUUCUGCAGGCCCCUGGAGACCUGACUGUUCAAGAAGGAAAACUCUGCAGGAUGGACUGCAAGGUUAGCGGAUUACCAACACCAGAUCUGAGCUGGCAACUGAACGGGAGGCCCAUCCGUCCUGACAGCUCUCACAAAAUGCUGGUGCGUGAGAACGGGGUGCACUCCCUGAUCAUAGAGCCUGUCACCGCGAGGGAUGCGGGAAUCUACACGUGUGUGGCCAGCAAUCGGGCUGGAGAAAAUACAUUCAGCCUGGAGCUCACUGUUGCAGCUAAGGAAGUACACAAAGCACCUGUGUUUAUAGAGAAAAUACAGAACACCGGUGUGACUGAGGGAUUUCCAGUGCGACUGGAGUGUCGAAUCUCGGGGGAACCGUCGCCUCAGAUAUUUUGGAAGAAAGAGAAUGAGUCAAUCACACACAAUACUGACAGAGUGAGCAUGCACCAGGACAACUAUGGCUAUAUCUGCCUGCUGAUUCAGGGAGCUACAAAAGAGGAUGCUGGUUGGUACACCGUUUCAGCUAAGAAUGAAGCUGGGAUUGUGUCUUGCACUGCCAGGUUGGAUGUUUAUACUCAGUGGCAACAACCACCUCAGACAACCAAGCCAAAGAAGGUGCGGCCCUCAACCAGCCGAUACGCUGCACUGUGUGACCAAGGACUAGACAUCAAAGCAGCUUUCCAGCCGGAGGCAAAUCCAGUCCAUCUGACUAUGCAGCCUGGUUUGGUAGAGAGCGAUGACCUCUAGAUCCGAGCCACCACUUCCAUCAUCUUCUUUCAAAGCAGAAACACUGAAAGCCAUUGCCUUGACCAAUGAUACUCCUAUGUCACUUUAUGCAAAGGCAAACACCUUCAAGUACAAAAGAUAAACAACAAACACAAUAACCAUGUAUUCCUUAUUCAGUAUACCAAAUUAGAAGAAUAGGUAGAUUAUUAAUAGAAAUGUACACAUUGCACAACAAAUCACGUUCACCAUUUCCUUAUACCUAAGUUGCUUCAGCUCUUUGAAUGAAUAACUCUUUUCAUAAAGGCCAAAAUGCAUCAGUGAAACAGACUUUUCAGAAGGAAACACUACCAACCACCACGUGCCUUCGUAAGCAGUAAGCAGAUGUUACACAAUGCUAAUGGUGCGAGAUGUUCUCUUUGAGGCCAUUAGAUGACAAAGAAAACUAGGAUGCACGGUAAUCUCUAGUUCUAAAAUGGCAAUGCAUUCUGGUAGCUACAGUGAACAAGUGCAAUAUUGUAAUAAAAAAGGAAGAGACAAGGAAGAGAAACAUAAGCAAACGCUGCAUCUCUGCAAACUGUUUUUUAUUCUACAAUGAAAAUGAUACUUUGCCUUAAAUGCCAUUAACAUGGACAAUUCUAUUAAGUAACGUUGAAGCCCCAAUUUUUAAUUCUUUUCUAUUUCUCCUUUCUGCCACCUAGGAGGAGGCUUACUUAGAAACAUACAGCAAAGAGGGUUAAGCACGAAUGGUUUAACCUCUUCAAACUAAUGAAGAAGAUACAUAACAAAGUCUACCCCAGAUGAUAAGUCUUAGGAACUAGAGGAGAGAAAGUGCCUACGGUAUGAACCGCUGCAGUAGAUUGCUGCAAGGGGUGGGAGGGGGACAGGGCAAGAGGCUGAAACUCUGCGUGGAUUUCCUGAAGACAGCCUGCAACCUCCUAACACUCUUGCUGAAGAAUCUGAAAUUCUAAGGUGAGCUGAGAACUGAGCAAUGUAUGUAAGGGCCGUUUGACUGCUUAGCACUUGAGUAACACGUGUGAGGAUUUUAGAAACGCACAGUAAGUGAGAAGUGGGUUGAGACUGCAGUAGGAAUAUCGAUGAAAAGUAAACACCAUAGGUGAUAAGCUUGCAAAUCUGAGGAGGCAGAAGAUGAUGGACAAAACACGAAAACUUGCACCACUUUUUCUUCGUAUCAUAUGUGUUUCUGGAUUUUUUUUUUCUCAUCCUUCCUGUUGUUUGCCUACAACAGCUCUGUUAAUGGGUAGGGGCUGCGUGCAGUAGAUGAAAUGCUACUUUCAGAAUGCAAGGCAAAUCCACAUCAAACUGGAGCUCUACCUCGUCAAGUCUGACAAGGUAGUUUUAAAUUAGAACCAGAUGAAUUUCAGAUGAAGGGGAGGGAGGGAUGGAAGAGUUGCUAGGCCUGACAAGAAAAAUGAGUGUUUGAUGGUACGAGCAUACUUUGCUAUGAAAGGAAAACACUGUAUUCCUUAUAUGAAGCACAUACAUGGUAUCUUUCGUUAUUUAUAAUAAAAGUGUUGAAAUCUUUUAUCCCAGUUCAGUUACUCAGAAGUCCUGUACUUAGUUGUUUUUUUUAUUUUGUAAUUGUGUACACCAUAUAUUGCAUUACUGCUAUAAGUGUAUUCCUUGUAAGUACACAAAGUUUGUUUGUUUGUUUUUUAGUGACUAAUAAACUUUAGCACAUAAGUUAGUAUUAUUCUAUGCAAAUUGGUGCAGGACAUGACCAGUUCUGGGAGUCGUUCCUCUAAAUUAAUGUCAUGCUUUGUUGUAUGGGAAUAAUCUGAUAUUCUAGAAAAAGUAUGUCAUAUCAUUUGCAAGAUUUUUCCACAACUCUGACAUGCUAAUUUACUUUUUUUUUUUUUUUUUUUUUUUUUUUUUUUUUUAGCUUCACUAGCAUUAUUUUGCCACUCUCUAUUUGUAUUUAUAAAAAACGUACUAUCAUUACUUUGGAUUGUUGUGCUGGUAUAAUGUGGGUUUAACGUCAAUAAAUAUUACACAAAUAGAAA